UACACCCUACUUAGUGCACUAUGUGGCUACAAGGAAGCCAUUUUGUAUCCGGACAAAGUUAAAGACACUGGCUGAUCGAUGUGUACGGCACGCAGGAUGGGUCAAUCUCUGUGCGCGUUGUCAUACUCGACAGCGCCUUCAGUCAAAGCGGACGGAAACGCUGCUCGAGCGACGGGGAGAACAUUCCGAGUUUGCGGAAUUGCCUGUUUGGAAAGCAGGAGCUACCGUCCGGACAACAAUCCGAUGAAAAAUAAGCAGCUACCGAGCCUCGAAUCGUACCGGCGUCACGCGUUUGGAGUAGAAGGGGAUGUGUUGGAGGCGCGCGGAGAGAUAGACGGGGAGAGGAAGUCGCGCGACGGUGGAAGAGACUCAGGAACGGAUCGAACCGCCGCCCGCACGACUGCUCGCGGUGACGCACGGGCUCGCGUGCAUUCCGUCGGUAAGUUUGAAGGAGGUUCGGGAGAGGAAACAAGUGCAGCCAUCGAUGCGGGCUUCAGCGGCGUCGGUGUGCUCGAGUGGGCUGAUCUUCCCGAUUCACAAUGCGGAGACCGAGCAGCUGCGGAGGAGGAGAAGGAGAAGAAGAGCCAUGAGUGGAGCAGCUCAGCGCGGAGCAUGGAGGAACCCCGAGAAAGAGACCUCAAUCUGAGCGCGAUUGCUUUCGAUGGCGCAGCAGCCCUGAGGCUGUUCACACCGAUACGUUCUGGCUCCUUUAAGGAGGAAAACCAAACGGCUCCAGAGCCCCAGAUUCACUCCUGCACGAACUCGUACGUAGCGAACAGACUGCUCGUUCCUUCAUACAUGACCAAAACUCCGCCAUCUGUCGAACCCUGUUCACCGGACCAGACGCGCCCUGACUUUACGCACAGAACCAAGGACCAAGACAACACCCCCAUCUCUCCUGAAGAGGAAUGCGUCCAUGGCCCGGGUUUAAUGGAGUACCACAGUUUCCCCGGGACCAUCCCGAGACUUAUUGUGACCCACGAUCCGAGCCCCAGCCAAGCCGAGGACGUGGAGGUCGCCGAGUUCCCUCUGAACUUCGGCGCUUUAUCUCUGGACGUGCAGCCCGGCCAUGAGUCUCCGUACUCGGACAGCGGCUGCGGAGGCUCCCCCGUCCCCCGCGUUUCCCUCCGCAAACUCUCCAGCUCGUCCUCGGCUGGACUCUCGUCCGCGUCCUCCUUCGAGGAGUCAGAGGAUGACAUAACCGGGAGUGACGUCGAGCCCGGCGGCCUGUCCCCGAGCACGUGCGUCCCGUUCGGCAGUCCGGAAGAGCUGUCCCGGCCAAGAUCAUGGAGGAAGUUAAAAAGCAUGGUGCAUAUCACACCCUUUGUGGUGUCCUAUAAGAAGCACUACCCGUGGGUGCAGUUAGCUGGCCACGCAGGUAAUUUUCAGGCAGGGGAAUAUGGUAGGCUGUUGAAGAAGUACUGUGCAUGUGAGCAGCAGUGCCUGCAGAAGCUGAUGUCUGACUCACUCAGGCCGUACGUGCCAGGCUACUACGGCAUCGUGCGGCAAGACAAUCAGGACUACAACCUGAUGGACGACCUGCUGGCUGACUUCAACUCUCCAUCCAUCAUGGACUGCAAGAUGGGCAGCAGAACGUAUUUGGAAGAGGAACUGGUGAAAGCUCGUGAGAGGCCCAAGUUAAGGAAGGACAUGUAUGAGAAGAUGGUGGCGGUGGACCCGGACGCCCCGAGCGCAGAAGAAAAGGCUCAGCAAGCUGUUCUGAAACCGCGCUACAUGCAGUGGAGAGAAACUCUCAGCUCCACAGCUACACUCGGCUUCCGUAUCGAGGGCAUCAAGAAAGCAGAUGGCACAUGCAAUACCAACUUUAAAAGGACUAAGCACAGAGAGCAGGUUAUGAAAGCCUUGGAGGACUUUGUGGAUGGAAACACACAGAUCCUGAGGAGUUAUUUCCUGAGGCUAGAGGAACUGCGAGGGGCGCUGGAGACAUCUGAGUUCUUCCGAACACACGAGGUGGUAGGCAGUUCUUUGCUCUUUGUCCACGACACUUCCGGCCUGGCGCGAGUGUGGAUGAUCGACUUCGGAAAGACGGUGCCUCUUCCUCCACACCAGAGCCUGGACCAUCGCACUCCAUGGAAUGAGGGCAACCGCGAGGACGGAUACCUGUGGGGCCUGGACAACCUAAUCGAGAUCCUGAGCUCCAUGAUUCAGGACAAAUCGUAUCCCGAGCCGUGACGGAAGUGCUCGCUGCACAGUGGAGCAGGGACAGAGGACACAUUAGGACCAGAUAGCUGUUGCUAAUGGCUUCGUGCUUAGAGAAAGAAAGAAGAAACGAACAGAAAGCACAUGAAAAGAAGGAGAAGAAAUGUCGGAGUGCCUUAGCAGACUGAUGAGCAGUCACGCAGCAGGAUGCAGACACCAUGUAUGCAAAGUCCAUACACUCUUGGACCAAAAGAACAGACUUGUCUUUUUUUUUUUUUUUUUUUUUUAAGCGGGUUUGUACAUUUAUGGGACAAAGAACUUGAGAUUUUGAGACUUUUUUUUAACGUACUGAAAAUACAGAUAACACUAGAACACUGGAAACAUAUCCAUCUGUGCAUCCUCUAUUAAUAUUUUUAUAGUAGUGUAAAUAGACUAAUUUAAUUUUAUUCUUAAAAGCACCUUUUUUUUCCCUGUGCUUCAUGUUUUUACUGCCUCUUCAGCCGUGAUUUAAUUGAUGGCACCUUUUGUAUUCACCCUUUAAUCAGGUUUAAAUUUUAAAAGUUGCUAAAUACUGAAUCCUUAAUGUUUUUUAACACAGGAGCUAAUGACAUACAGCAUUGUUGGAAAGAUUUAACUCUCUAACGUGACAUGUCCUGCAGGAUGCUUUUGGUUUGAAGGUUUUAAUGAGUGUAUUUCAGGUGUGAUUACUGAAAACCAUAUUAGGCAUUCCAUAAAACAUUCCCAUGAAAUUUUCCCUUAAGUGCACGUGUAAAUCAUGGGUUCGAAGUACUUCUGAGUUUUGUAUUACAGCGGUGCUCUGAAAGCCGUAGAAUUCAGUCAGGCAGCUGGUUUUCUGGGCUCAAAUCUCAUGGGACUGAAACGGAAGAAAGUUUGGAAAGCUGCUGGUGCAUUUUGAUAGAUAUUUUCCCCCCCGUAAAGUAUUCCAAAAACUGGAUCUAUACCAAAUAAAUAAUUUUGGAGCCAGAGAACAAGGUCUUGUGUGUCCUGUUAAACAAUAUCAGAACACACAUUAAAUAAGUGGAGCCAAGAACACAGAUUAGUCACUUCCUGAGGCACUGCAUGCUAUAUUCUAUGUAAACACUGAUUGUAGUAUUGUAUGUUUUCUGUAUCUGCUGUAGUUCUCCCACUGUCCAGUAGUUUAGCCUUUGUCUUUUUUUUUUUUUUUUAAACCAUCAUAUGAUGUUAACUGGAAUGUUUGGUUGAAUAUUUUGACCUUAUUUUUUUUUUUUUUUUUUUUUUGUCCCCAACUAAAAGGUACAUUCUGAAAUCAAAUGUGAGCCAGCAAAUAAUUUUUGGGAGAAUAUUCCAAACCUCUCAAAUCGGUGAAAUGCAUUGUGUCAAGCACAUUGUGUUACAAGGGUCUACACAUUACGAUCCAAGAAUAAUAUUGAGAAAGAGCAUGUUGCUCAACCUGUGUGCUUUUACAUAAACACCUGUGCUCAUACUGUAUCGUGCCAAAUUUCAACUCAUCUCAGUGUUGUGUUUAAACGUGUCAACUGGAAAUGUUUCUUUCCGUGGAAAGAAAACUUGAUUUUCUUUGAAGCUGGAACAUGUUGAUUUCUGGGCAUGAUUUUCUGCCAGAUCAGUACAUGGUCGUUUGGGAUAUUUUGAUAAAGUUCACUUUAAGGGAGCGGUUUGUAAUUUUUAAAGCUGUUUACUACGUAUGAUGCAAAUUGAAAUAACAGUGAAACACUGAUAAAUCCUCCUUUCUGUAAACAAUCACACCCUCUUUGUUGAAUUGCCUUUUAAGGGAAAAAAACCAUCAGAGCUGAGCAGCUCCUUUUCAGUUGGGGUUAGGCCUAUUUCUGGGCCAGAAAACUGUAAUCAGAUAACUAAAAUGCAAAAACUAGCGAGAUUUAUUGCAUAACAAUAUUUAUCACAGAAUUUGUCUCUAUUUUUCCUGUAAUUACAGGAUUUGGUACAUGUCUAGACACGCUUUAUAAUUAACAAACUGCACCUUUAAGGCAUGUUUUAAAGGUCUUACACUGAAAGACUCAGAUCGACAGCUUAUCUGAGAUACUCUAGCAGGCACUCACUCAGAAUAUGGUGCUUUCGUUGUUAAAUUGCUUAAGGGAUUUUGCAGUUUAUUAACAAUUAUUCAGUCGGCUGUAUUUGUCAGUGUUUUCCUCUCUUAAUGUACUUUGAAGCUUAGUAUAGCUCUUGUCAUAAAUUAUGUUAAGUAUCUUUCAUAAAGCAGUAGAAAUGACAAUAACACAAACUGAGUACGUUUGCACUCUUUUGGCUAAAAUAGUUCCUUGUUGUUUUUGUUGUUGUUUCAGAAUUGAUUCUCCUCUUAAAUUUUACUCCAAGGCAUUUUAUUCACCUUGUGGCUCGAAGAAUUUCACAUCUCUGGUCUUUGGGGUUACAUCAGAGAUUUAAUUAGGAAGUAGAUUGUAAGUGUUUGAAAAUUCACGUAUGUUGGGAUAUUUUUAAGAGUUUCAGAUCUUUUUUUUUUCUUUCUAAAGAUCAGCAGCACUGCAGGUUGAUCACACUAUCGAGUGAGUUAAUGGGUCUGGUUUGCUGUUUUGAGGGCAAGAAGACAGCAGUUCGCACAAACCUUUUAUGACUUUUCACAGUUGUUACUAAAAACUACUUUGUAAACAGGCUUAGCAUCUGCAAACUACAUACAAGAAGGAAAAAAUGGCCAGACCAACUUUGUUGAUCGAUUGACCUGACUUUGGGUAAGCAGCAAAAUGGUAUAGGUGCUGCUUUAUCUGAAUGUACGAUCGUGUACAAACGAAAAGCCACAGUUACUCCAGAAGUGUUCUGUAUGAUUUGCCUAUGUUUGUCACUCAGCAUUCCAUGAUAGUGUUACACAUUCAAGUGCAAUCAUUCAUACAUUCCUUGAAAUUCAGUGCAAGUGCAAACCAUCACUUUCCCGUAGAAAUGAUGAAAUGUUAAUAGACUCCAGUCUUUUUUCAAAUGUUUGCGUCUGCAUUUCCUUUACCUUUAAUACCAAUACAAUAAACUGGAAUUAUGACUGUUACAAGAA